GCUCUGACCGGAUAGGGCUUGCCAAUGCAUGAGCCUAGGCCCAGGGCAAAGUUUUGAAUUGCAAGUUGCAACUUUGCAGGGUUUGUCUCUGGAGGUGUCUCAGGAGGGGAUGUGGCAUUUGCGAUGGCGUGUUUAGCUGGCUGCUGGAGGGCUGCUGCAGCUGCUCCUGUUGAGUCUCUGUGCCCCUCGACCUUGCUGUGCACCGGCAAGGCCACCAUGAGCAGCUGCAUCGCUGCCAUCACCCCCAUCAGCCCGGGGGUGCUCUCUGCCCGGGGCUCCGAUGGUAAUGGUGUGCUCGACCUGCCACACUCCCUGUGGCCUCCGAGGUUACUUGCCAGCUCUAGAAAGGGUUGCUCUAUGCAUGACUACCGGCCAAUGGCUGUUGCUGUGGGCGCCCCUACCACUAUCCCUAGUUCCGCAGCAGACAGCCUGGAGGCGGGGCCGCUGCCGUGGCACGCCCGCGCUCUAGAGGGCACCCUGGAGAGCAGCACAAGUACCAGCGGGCAUGCUGACACGUUUACAGAGGAGGAGUACCGCGGGCAUCUUUUUGAUGACGCAGAGGCGCAGAAGGAGCUGGACCUUGUGCGCACCCUGUCCCAGAUCAACUCUCUGGCGCAAGCAGCUAUGAAAAGUGCGGAAGCGUCCAAGAUUGUGGAGGCGGAGCGGGUGGCUCUGGAGGAGGAGGCCAAGACCUUUUCCCAGAAGGCGCGCUAUACCGACUUUCUCACCCCCGAGGACUACCUGCUGCUGGAGGAGGCCAGGAAGCAGGAAGCUGCAGGGCGGGGCGGGGCAGCGGGCCCCAGCGGGGAGCGGCGGGGCGGGGAGCGGGAGCGCCAGGCGGGCAAGCUGCGGCCGGCAGCCAAGCGGAAGGCGCCCAAAAAGAAGCCUCGCGAAAAGCAGGUGGAUGAUGAUAGUCUAGCAGGGGCAAGGAUCAAAACGGUGCAACAUUCGGAGGCACCAGAGCCUAGGGUUCGUAAAAAGGCUUCCAUCAAAGGGGCGAUGGGUGCAGUGGCGGAGCCGGAGAGUCGCACGGAGCAGCGGCGGCGGCGGCGAGCGGAGCGGGCGGCGAUGCGGGUGCGGUGGAAGGAGCGGGGCGGGGGGGCGGGGACACGCGAGGUGUUUGUGGAGGACAGCGUGGGGCAGAUGCUGGUGAACGCGGGGUCGGCGAAGCUGCUGACGCCCAAGGAGGAGCUGGAGUGCGCGACGUGCAUCAAGGAGAAGAUUGAGUGGGAGCGCGUGCGCGAGGUGCUGGCCGCGGAAGCGGGGCGGCCCGUGGGGCUGGACGAGCUGGCGGAGAGCCUGGGGAUGUCGCCCACGCUGCUGCGCGAGAAGUGGGCGCUGGGCGACCAGGCCAAGGACCUCAUGGUGCGCUCCAACCUGCGCCUGGUGGUCUCCGUCGCCAAGAAGUACGUCGGCCGCAACAUGGACUUCACGGACCUUGUGCAGGAGGGCAACCUGGGCCUGAUCAAGGGUGUAGAGAAGUACGACCACACCAAGGGGUUCCGCUUCUCCACAUACGCGCACUGGUGGAUCCGGCAGGCCAUCACGCGCGCUGUUGCAGAAAACUCGCGCACCAUCCGGUUACCGGUGCACAUGUACGAGGCGAUCACGAAGGUGUACCGCGCCAAGCGGCUGCUGGUUGACCAAUUGGGGCGGCCAGCCACUGCAGCCGAGAUUGCCGCGCUGUGCGGGCUGCCCGUGGAGAAGGUCACGCUGUGCCUGCAGGUCAACAAGCCCAUCAUGUCCACCGACAGGGAGGCCGGCAACGAGGACCAACCCGGCAGGAAACUCAUUGACUCGCUGGUGGUGGCGGACGAGGAGAGUGUGGAGGAUGUGAAGACGGCGCAGGCAGUCAACGUGGCGAUGAUGAACGUGCUGCACACGCUGAACCCCAAGGAGCGCGACAUCAUCGCCAUGCGCUACGGCCUGAACGGGGCCAAGGUCCGCUCCCUCGAGGAGAUUGGCAACAUCUUCCAGGUCACUCGCGAGCGCAUCCGGCAGGUGGAGGCGCAGGCGCUGCGCAAGCUGCGGCAGCCCGCGCGCAACUUGACGCUGCAGGACUUCGUGGACCAGCAGGGAUAGCCAGCUCGCAGAGGGACAUUCGGGCUGGAGGGGAAGGUCCGCCACCUGAGGCGCGCAGCUAGAAAGGAAGGGCCCAUUGCCCUCUCUUCCGGCAGGCUCGACUGAGGUCGUCAAACUUAGGGGCUUGCUCUUGCGCUCUGCGCCACUGAUUUGACCGAGCAAUGUUGCUCGCCGAGUUGGAGAACCACCGGGGUUUGUGCUUGCAUCCAUCAAAGAUAGCAGGUAUAGGUAUGCUAGAAAAACGCAAGUACAAGCGUCUGUAUAAUGCAACACGUAGGUGCAUCAGAUCAAGGUAUACGAUUCAUACUGUACCAAACGGUGGCUGCCGGAAGAAAGCGCCAAUGGGCGGCAGGUUGCUUGACCAUGGUCGACUUGAAAGGUCAUCAACUGUGCAGCUAUUCCAUUGCAUUGGAUACAAUCUGGUCAG